GUCUGUCCUCCAUGGCGUCCUCCAUGGCGUCCUCCAUGGCGUCCUCCGAGGUCAGCAUGCAGGAAAUGAGCGACAUUGUGAUCGUCACCAUCCCGGAAACCACGGCGGAGGACCUCCCCUCGGUGGUGGAGGAGGACAAAGCAGUGCUGGUGACGGCAGAGCUGACUCCUGAACCUGGGGAGGAAAUCCUCACAGUAGCCCCGGGGGAAGAAGCAGAAGCUGAGACCAGCGGAGCAGACUCGCUGUCGAGGGAAGAGGCUGUCAUUGUAAAGUUAUCUGAGGAGGUGGAUGUGGAAGCUGACGUCUUCUACCCGAUCACCUGUGGAGACACCAGAGCCACGCUGGUCUGGAAGAAGUUCGUCUGCCCGGGCAUCAAUGUCAAAUGUGUCCAGUUCAAUGAGCAGCUGAUCAGCCCGAAGGAGUUUGUGUGUUUAGCGGGGAAAUCCACUCUCAAGGACUGGAAGAGAGCCAUCCGCCUCAACGGCACCAUGCUCAGGAAGAUCAUGGACUCAGGGGAGCUGGACUUCUACCAACACACAAAGGUCUGCUCCAACACGUGCCGCAGCACUAAGAUAGUCCUGGUGGGAACCAAAGUGUCCGUCAGCAGCGACCAGUCUGCCGAUCUGGUUCCUGCCACCCCCUCGUCAGCUGACUUGAACGGAGCCGCGGCGGCGUUUCCGGAGGUGAUGGAGGAAACGUCCGAGUGGGUCACGGCCAUCGGAGAGGACUCGGUGGCGUUCUGGCGUGCGGUGAAGGAGGCUGGACUGCUGGAUGAGGUGGUGGAGGACUUCCAGAAGGAGCUGCAGGAGGUGCUGAAGGGGUUGCAGGAGAGAGUGUGUGACCCACCCCUUCAGGUCAAAGACGCUGUUUUGCUCAACAACAUAGUGCAGAACUUUGGGAUGUUGGACCUGGUGAAGAAGGUCCUGGCCAGCCACAAGAGCCAGAUGGACCGGUACCGAGAGCAGUACACCCGCAGCCUCGCCGCUCUGGAGCAGCAGUGUGACGAGCACAGGAAGCGAGCCAAGGAGCUGAAGAGCAAAUCCCAGCACCUCAACAACGUCCUGAUGACCCUGACCCCGGUCCCUGCACCCCCCGCGCCCAAGCGCCCGCGGCUGACCCGCGCCGUCUCCGGCCCGGCCUCGGUCAACGCCGCCCCCCCCACCCAGAUCACCCUGCCCCUCAACCAGCUGUCCGGCCUGCCGUUGGGCAAGGUGCUGACGGUGGCCGGAGCCCCGCCCGGCGCCAACCUGGGCGGCUACACCUUCCUGACCUCCUCGCUCUCUGGCUCCGAGCUGGCGUCCGACGCGUCCAACCUGACCGUGCUGUCCGCGGCGCCGGUGGGUCAGGAGGGCGCGGCCGGCGGCUCGCCGACCCCCGCCUACGUCAAAGUGCUCGGCUCCCAGUUCCAGCUGGUGACGCUGCCGGCCGGGCUGCAGAGCCUGGCCGUGGCGCAGUGCGCCGUCCAGCAGCAGGUUGGCGGCGUCGGCGUGAUGGACGCCACGGCGGCCGCUGCAGACGACUCUCAAGAGGAAGGCCAGGCGGACGCCGACGGCGAGGACGCCAGUCAGACGGAGCCGGCUGCAGAGGGAGACGGGGACCAGGACCAGGACCAGGACCAGGACCAGCAGCAGCAGCAGCAGCAGUGAGGCAAACACCAGCUGUUCUCUGCCCGGUCUUGAACGUGCGGCCCCCUCUGAGGGCUCAAGGUUUGUCCACCUUUUGACUUUUAGGGCAUUUUCAACACCUGUCGUCCAUUUCCUCCGGUUUGAAUCAGCUGGUGAGCUUUUAAACUCGGAGCGUUUUCCGUCUCCCCGAGCAGGUCAAAAUGUUUCACCUCAGCCUCAGCGUUCACUCUCUGAUUGGUCGGAUGAGUCUGAGAGGCGGGAGCAAGGAAGUAAAUACAGGAAGAAGGUCCGGUGUUUUUGGACUAUAGCUGCACGAUGUGAGGAAAAUAUGAAAUAUACGAUAACGUUGUUGAAUAUCGCGAUACCGAUAUUACUCGCGAUAAAAUAAAAAGUGCCAGUUCCAUUUUUAAGUCUAG